CCGAGUUACCCGUGAGGCAGUCAUCCUCGGGUUACCUCGGGGGAAGGACGAGCGUCACUCGUUGAGCGAUCGUCUUCCGCAGCGCGACGAGGCGUCGGCUCGUUGGACUCCCCCCAACAUCCCAAUCCGCUUCUCUCUCUUCACCCUUCGUGUGCGUGCGAGGCGAGAUGAAUCGACCCGCCGGCCCCCUUUUUGCCCGGGGAGAAAAGGCAGCUAUGGUGGCGGCGGACUUGAUCCGGAGGUGCCGGGAAGGCGGUAUCACGUAUGGUUAUCUUCUCCUCUACAUUGCCUUGUCCAGCGGCCAGAUCUUCUUCAACAAGUGGGUCUUAUCCUCUAAACAGAUCAAUUUCCCCUAUCCAGUUGCAUUGACUUUACUUCACAUGCUUUUCUCCUCUGUAUUAUGCUUUCUACUCACCAAAGUCUUUAAGAUUAUAAAGAUUGAAGGGGGAAUUUAUUCAGAAAUAUAUAUCACAUCAGUCAUGCCAAUUGGUGCCAUGUUCGCAAUGACUCUUUGGCUGGGAAAUAGUGCCUACCUCUACAUAUCUGUUGCAUUCGCCCAAAUGUUGAAAGCUACCAUGCCUGUUGCUGUGUUUUUUCUUGGAGCAGCUGUAGGCCUUGAAGCUUUUAGUUGUAGAAUGUUUACUAUCAUGUCUGUGAUUAGUGUUGGAGUAGUUGUGGCUUCAUAUGGGGAGAUUAGCAUCAGUUGGAUUGGUGUGGUUUAUCAGAUGGGUGGUGUAGUUGGUGAAGCUUUAAGACUAAUCUUCAUUGAAAUCUUUGUCAAGAAAAAGGGUGUUCGAUUGAAUUCAAUAUCUAUGAUGUACUAUGUUAGUCCCUGCAGUGCUUUGUGCCUGUUUGUUCCAUGGAUAUUCUUGGAGAAACCAAAAAUGGAUUCUAGUGGGCCCUGGAACUUCCCACCAAUAAUUUUGGGUCUUAACUGUCUUUGUACAUUUGCACUCAAUCUGUCAGUUUUCCUUGUGAUUACCCGCACAAGUGCUCUGACGAUUCGUGUUGCUGGAGUUGUCAGGGACUGGGUUGUGGUUUUACUAUCAGCUUUGAUAUUUUCUGAUUCAAAGCUGACAAUCAUCAACCUGAUUGGUUAUGGUAUAGCUAUUUCAGGUAUUGUGGCAUACAACAAUCACAAGUUGAAAAAUGAAGCAUCUGAGAUAAAAUCAGUGGUUAAUGUUGACACUGAUGAUCAAGGAAAAUCCCAAGAUGAUCAGGCAGCCUUGAUCCCGCUAAAGGAAAAUACAUAAAGGUGAUUUCCAUGAUUUCUGGGGUGAGACUAGAAAUCAGAUGAUGGAUCACUUUCUGCUUUGUCUUAUAUUCGAUAGAAUUCUCAGAAAUGGGAAUAUGCUUAUUUUGACUGUAAAACAGGACAAAUAAUAGUUUAUCAGUGAGAAGCCGUCUUAGCUCGACAGCUCUUUUCCAUGGUCAAAUAUUUUGGAAUUGUUUCA